UCGCGGUAGAUGGACUGUACGAUAUUUGUCGGCGCGCAUCUGUCAAACGCUUCGAUAUCGAUAUAAAACGAAUUCAUUACUAUAAAGUAUGAUAUCUUACGUUAAGUGAGGUCCAACUAAGAGUGAUGGCACGCACAGUGCUAGCGGGCGGAGCUCUGCUCUGCGCCCUGAGCGUGGUCUUGCAGACGCGCGCGCUCACCCUGCUGCCACACGACGUUCGUCCCGGCCACGCGGUUCGACAUUUCGUCGGGAAUCAUUCUCGUUAUACAUUACUUGAUCCACAAUAUGCCUCCUACUUUGCUCUACUAGAUGAUGGGCUACUAAUGACUACUGCUGAUCUCUCACCACUUUUAGAUCAACCACUGAAUCUUGCCGUAUUGGAACAAACUCCAUACAGCAGCUCGGCUCACUCUAUCCAUCUCCUGGUAAUGGAUCGUCGGCGAAUGAUUCAUUUUCCCACAACUGAUGGUUUACAGGGAGAUAUUCCUGAAAAUGCCCCAGCCGGGACUGUUGUCGAUUUACCAGCUAUACGAGCCACAGCUCUUCUUACUGUUGGUCCAAUAGCUUAUAAAAUUAUUAAAGGCAACGAUGAAUCAGUCUUUUCUCUACGCGAGAAAACUAAACAUGUAUCUAUUCCCUCAGUAAGAUCAGUUAUUACAGAAGGAGAUGUAGAAAUAAUUGCUACACGUCCUUUAGACGCUGAGACAAAACGAUCUUAUAAUCUGGUUGUUCAAGCCACGGACAUUCACGGAGCUAACAAGGCAAAUCUUCCUAUUCGAAUAGAAGUGACAAAUGAAAAUGAUCAUGAACCAAUUUUUGAGCAGAGUAUAUAUUAUUUUGCUGUAAAUGGUACUCCGGAUGAAAAUGGACCCAAUGGAACAACACGCUGGCAAAGAUUUUCAAGUAUUGGCAAGGUUCAUGCAUUUGAUGCAGAUGGUGAUCGUGUUUACUAUUCUCUGAAGAAUCCUAGUAAUCUUGUAGUUAUAGUGCCUCAAACUGGGGCACUGAUAUUAGUAGGUGAACCUGACAGUCAUGAAGCAGAAUUGCGAAUACUUGCUCAUGAUACAGGCUCCCCGCCGCGUACAAGCCGACCUGCGCGUGUGUUUCUUGAGUUCGUUGUCCGUGAUCGAAGAGGCCUUCCUAUGCUUCAUCGCGAGAAGCGUCGUGUGACUCGUGCAGUUCGACCCACAAAGCGUAUAGAGUUUACUGAAGCUGAUGGCGAGGUGGAAGGCCGUGCAGUGUUUACGUUGGAAAAGGAAACUGAUCGUGAGACUUUUAAAAUACGGGACGAGAAUCCGUGGGUUACCGUUGAGCCUAGUGGUGUUGUGAAAGUUAAAAAGAAGUGGGACUAUGAGGAGUUAGGACCUGAGAAGACCAUCGACUUUUGGGUUACAAUUACCAAUGCUGGAAACGGAGAUACCGAUAACCAAAGAGUUAUAAUCCACGUUAAGGAUGUGAACGACGAACCUCCAUACUUCAUCAACCGCCCACUACCGAUGCAGACUGUGGUACAGCUUAAUGCAGCUCCGAACACACCAGUUUUCACUCUUCAAGCAAGGGAUCCUGAUACGGACCAUAACAUCCACUACUUCAUAGUGAGGGACAGAACUGGAGGGAGAUUCGAAGUUGACGAACGUUCGGGAGUGGUUCGCACUAGAGGAACAGACCCGUUCCAGUUGGAUAUGGAGUAUGUUUUGUACGUGAAAGCCGAAGAUCAGAGCGGCCGUGUCGAUGAAAGACGAUUCCAGUCCACUCCCGAGGAACGGCUCAGCAUAGUCGGUGGUAAACGAGCUCCACAGUUCUACCUUCCAAGUUACGAGGCUGAGAUUGCAGAGAACCAGAAGAAAGAUUCAGAUAUUAUCUCGGUGAAAGCAAAGUCAUUUGCUGAUCGAGAAAUCCGCUACACUCUCAAGGCUCAAGGACAAGGCGCUGGCACGUUCAACAUCGGUCCUACUUCGGGCAUAGUCAAAUUGGCCAAGGAGUUGGACUUUGAAGAUUUGAGGCAGCCGCAUGUGUAUUCCUUGGUUGUUACAGCAACUGAGGACUCCGGUGGUUUCUCCACAUCUGUUGAGCUAACGAUUCGAGUCACGGACGUCAACGAUAACGCACCAAAGUUCGAGCUGCCUGAUUACCAGGCGCACAACGUUGACGAGGACAUACCUCUGGGCACCAGUAUCCUCAAAGUUAAAGCCAUGGACGCCGAUUCCGGAAAGAACGCCGAAAUUGAAUAUUUAGUUUCAGAUGAUCACUUCAGCGUAGACUCCAAUGGAAUUAUAACCAACAAUAAACAGUUAGACGCUGAUAAUAAUAAUGCUUACUAUGAAUUUGUUGUCACCGCAAAGGAUAAAGGAGAGCCUGCUAAGACCGGAACAGCUACAGUUAGGGUUUACACAAAGAACAAAAAUGACGAAGAACCCAAAUUUUCGCAACAAGUGUACACUCCAAAUGUAGAUGAAAAUGCAGGACCAAAUACUUUAGUGACAACUGUAGUAGCAUCAGAUAAAGAUGGUGAUAAUGUUAGAUUUGGGUUCGUUGGCGGAGGCACUAGUUCAGGACAAUUUGUUAUAGAGGAAAUAACUGGUGUAAUUCGAUUACAUAAUAAAGCUAUAUCCUUAGACAGAGACAAAUACGAACUGAAUGUAACAGCGAUGGACGAUGGAGCUUGUUGCGUUAAUGGAGAUGCUACGAUACAUACAUCCACUGCUGUGGUCGUAGUAUUUAUAACUGACGUUAACGACAAUAAGCCUAUCUUUAAGGAUUGUCCUAGCUAUUUUCCAAAAGUUGAAGAGGGUGCGCCAAAUGGUAGCCCAGUUAUAAAAGUGCAUGCUACUGAUGAAGACAAAGGAGUGAAUGGGCAAGUGAAGUAUUCAAUAGUGCAACAGCCAAAUCAGAAAGGUACGAAAUUUACUGUUGACGAAGAAACCGGGGAAGUGUCUACAAAUAAAGUAUUCGAUCGAGAGGGUGAUGAUGGAAAGUUUGUAUCGGUAACGGUAAAGGCGACGGACCAAGGUGAACCUUCGUUGGAAGGCGUUUGUUCAUUUACGGUAGAAAUUACAGACGUAAAUGACAAUCCCCCACUAUUCGACAGACAAAAAUACGUGGAGAAUGUAAAACAAGACGCUAGUAUAGGGACAAAUAUACUAAGAGUGUCUGCAUCUGAUGAAGAUGCCGAUAAUAACGGUGCUAUAGUUUACACUUUAAGCGCACCAUAUAAUCCAGCUGACAUAGAAUAUUUUGAAAUUCAGCCUGAAUCAGGUUGGAUUGUCUUGAAGAAACCCUUAGACCGGGACAGGUAUCGCCUGCGGGUCCGCGCCUCCGACCGGGGCCACCCGCCCUCCUCCGCAGACGUGGACGUUGAAUUAGACGUGGUAGACAGGAACAAUAAGCCCCCCAUCUGGGACAUGUCCACGUAUGGCCCCGUUCACAUCAAAGAGAAUGUCACAGUGGGUACCGUAGUGACCAGUGUGAAAGCAAGCUCGGGCAUUGAAAACAACCCGACCGUGUUUUACCGUCUGAUGCCCGGAUCGACGGCUCAAACUAAUAAAUUCCAUACUUUCUAUUUACAACAAAGGGCCGAUAAUGGGUUCACUUGGGCCGAUAUAAAAGUAAAUCAUCCUUUAGACUAUGAAAGUAUCAAGGAAUAUAAUCUGACUAUUCGAGUUGAGAACAAUGGCGCUCAGCAGCUGGCUUCAGAAGCGACUGUCUACAUUAUGCUAGAAGACGUCAACGAUGAGAUCCCACUGUUUACGGAGAGAGAACAGGAAACGGUCCUGGAAGGAGAGCCCAUCGGCACGAAGGUGACGCAGGUCAACGCGAUAGACAAGGAUGGAACAUUUCCGAAUAAUCAAGUUUACUACUAUAUCGUGGAUUCGCCGCGCAACGAAGGAAAAGAUUUCUUUGAGAUCAGCAUGCAGACUGGCGAAAUCUUUACGAAGGUGGUCUUCGAUAGAGAGAAGCAAGGGGCAUAUGCUCUAGAAGUGGAGGCACGUGAUGGAGCUCCCUCGGCCCGGCCCAAUUCAAACAAUCAGCCAAACUCAGUGACUAAGUUCAUACGUAUCGGCAUAGCUGACAAGAAUGACAACCCGCCGUACUUCGACAAGGAGUUGUACGAGGCUGAAGUCGACGAAAAUGAGGACAUUCAACACACAGUCCUCACUGUCACCGCCAAAGACCACGAUGAAUCAUCGCGUAUUCGAUACGAGAUCACGAGCGGGAACAUAGGCGGCGCCUUCGCAGUCAAGAACAUGACAGGCGCUAUCUACGUGGCGGGUGCACUCGACUACGAAACUAGAAAACGGUAUGAGCUGAAGUUAGCCGCGUCGGAUAACCUGAAGGAAAACUACACUACAGUGGUGAUUCACGUAAAGGACGUGAAUGACAACCCGCCUGUGUUUGAGAGGCCCACCUACCGCACCCAAAUCACCGAGGAAGAUGACCGCAACCUGCCCAAACGGGUCUUACAGGUAACGGCCACUGAUGGUGACAAAGAUAGACAGCAGAACAUCGUAUAUUUUCUCACUGGACAAGGCAUCGAUCCAGAUAACCCUGCUAAUAGCAAAUUUGACAUUAACCGCACAACUGGAGAAAUUUUCGUGCUCAAGCCCCUAGAUCGUGAUCAACCGAACGGAAGACCACAAUGGAGGUUCACUGUAUUUGCUCAAGACGAAGGUGGUGAAGGUCUCGUAGGAUAUGCCGAUGUUCAAGUCAAUCUUAAGGAUAUCAAUGACAAUGCACCUAUUUUCCCACAAGGAGUUUACUUCGGUAAUGUGACAGAAAAUGGCACCGCCGGCAUGGUUGUUAUGACAAUGACUGCAAUUGACUAUGACGACCCUGCUGAAAGUAGUAAUGCAAAAUUAUGGUACUCUAUAGAGAAAAAUGUUAUCGAAGAAGAAACAGGUUCUCCUAUUUUCGAAAUUGAACCAGAGACGGGAGUAAUAAAAACUGCAGUGUGUUGUUUAGAUCGUGAAAGAACACCGGAUUACUCAAUACAAAUUGUAGCAUCGGAUGGAGGGGGAUUGAAAGGGACUGGCACAGCAUCUAUAAGAGUAAAAGAUAUAAAUGAUAUGCCACCACAAUUCACAAAAGACGAAUGGUUUACAGAAGUCGACGAAACUGAUGGCACCAAUUUACCGGAAAUGCCAAUUUUGACUGUUACUGUUCAUGAUGAAGAUGAAACUAAUAAAUUCCAAUAUAAAGUUAUAGAAAAUAGUGGUUAUGGUGCUGAUAAAUUUACUAUGGUUAGAAAUAAUGACGGUACUGGCUCUUUGAAAAUAGUACAGCCAUUAGACUAUGAAGACCAAUUACAAAGUAAUGGUUUCAGAUUUAGGAUACAAGUUAAUGAUAAAGGAGAAGAUAAUGACAAUGAUAAAUAUCACGUAGCUUAUUCAUGGGUGGUAGUUAAGCUUAGAGAUAUAAAUGACAAUAAACCACAAUUCGAAAGAGCGAACAUAGAAGUGUCUGUCUAUGAAAAUGCAGAAGUUGGUAAAAGUUUAGAAACAUUUAAAGCUACUGAUCCCGAUCAAGGUGGAAAAAGUAAAGUGUCAUAUGCUAUUGAUAGAUCAUCAGAUCGAAAACGACAAUUCUCAAUAAAUCAAGAAGGUACUGUAAGUAUUCAAAGAUCUUUAGAUAGAGAGGAUACACCUCGCCAUCAAGUUAAAAUCUUAGCUAUUGAUGAUGGAGUUCCUCCACGAACAGCUACAGCAACUCUUACAGUAAUUGUUCAAGAUAUAAACGACAACGCUCCAACAUUUUUGAAAGAUUAUAGACCAGUAUUAACAGAACAUAUUAAUCCAAAAAAAGUGGCAGAAAUUUUAGCUACAGAUGAUGAUGAUAGAUCAAAAAGUAAUGGCCCACCUUUCCAGUUUCGAUUGGAUCCUGGUGCAGAUGACAUAAUUCGUGCUUCUUUCAAAGUUGAACAAGAUCAAAAAGGUGCUAACGGAGAUGGAAUGGCAAUAAUUUCUUCUUUAAGAUCAUUUGAUAGAGAACAGCAAAAGGAAUACCGCAUCCCUAUCAUUAUCAAAGACCAUGGAAAUCCCGCCAUGACCGGAACAAGUACACUUACCGUUAUAAUUGGCGAUGUUAACGAUAAUAAAAUGCAACCUGGCUCUAAAGAAAUACUUGUAUAUAAUUAUCAAGGCCAAGCACCAGAUACUGAAAUUGGCAGAGUAUAUGUUUAUGAUCUCGAUGAUUGGGAUUUACCUGAUAAGAAAUUCUUUUGGGAAAGUACAGAACAUCCAAACUUCACGUUAAAUGAAGAAACUGGUAUGAUACAAAUGAAACACAAAACGAAAGAAGGAAGAUACCAUUUAAAAUUCAAGGUUUAUGAUAGAAAACAUACACAAACAGAUGUUCCAGCAAACGUAACAGUAUAUGUUAAAGAAAUAUCUCACGAGGCAUUAAUGAAUUCAGGUUCAAUACGAAUAUCGGGAAUAUCAGACGAAGACUUUAUUAGAGUAUGGAAUUAUAAAACGCUUAGUGAUUCGAGGAGUAAACUAGAAAUAUUUAAAGAUAAAUUAGCAGACUUGCUUAAUACUGAACGUGAAAAUAUUGAUGUAUUUAGUGUUCAACUCCGAAAGAAGCACCCACCUGUUACAGACGUAAGAUUUUCAGCGCAUGGAGCUCAUUACUAUAAACCAAUUAGAUUAAAUGGUAUAGUUCUGAUGCAUAGAGAAGAAAUUGAAAGAUCUGUUGGAGUUAAUAUUACAAUGGUUGGCAUUGACGAAUGUAUCUAUGAAAAUCAAAUGUGUGAAGGUUCCUGUACUAAUGUGCUCGAUAUCAGUAAUUUACCAUAUAUGGUCAACGCUAACAAAACAGCACUAGUGGGAGUACGAGUUGAUGUAAUUGCUGAAUGUACAUGCGGCGCUAGAAAUUUCACUCAGGCAGAAACUUGUCGUAACUCACCAUGCUAUAAUGGAGGUAGAUGUAUUGAAGGCAAGUACGGCCUAACUUGCUCAUGCCCACCAGGCUAUACAGGUCCUAGAUGUCAGCAAACGUCAAGGAGUUUUAGAGGCACAGGCUGGGCAUGGUACCCCGCAUUAGAAAUGUGUGAUACUUCACACUUAAGCUUUGAAUUUAUAACACGAAAAUCUGAAGGUGUAUUACUCUACAAUGGGCCCAUUGUACCGCCUGAGCCAGAUGAAAUAAUGGUAUCUGAUUUUAUUUCAGUAGAAUUAGAACGAGGCAAUCCUAGAUUGUUAAUUGAUUUUGGUUCUGGCACUUUAGAACUGAGAGUGAAAACGAAAAAGUCACUAGACGAUGGUGAAUGGCAUAGAAUAGACAUUUUCUGGGAUACAGAAAAUGUCAGAAUGAUUGUUGACUUCUGUAAAUCUGCUGAUAUACAGGAAAUGGAAGAUGGUACUCCACCAGAAUUUGAUGAUUCAACAUGUCAAGCUACAGGAACUAUACCUCCAUUUAAUGAAUAUCUAAACGUGAAUGCACCCCUACAGAUAGGUGGUUUAUAUAUAGAACAUUUUGAUCCCACUCAUUAUCACUGGCAAUACAUGCCCAUAGGAAAAGGUUUUGAUGGAUGUAUACGCAACUUGAUACAUAAUAGUAAGUUAUAUGACUUAGCUCAUCCUGGACUGUCCAGAAAUUCUGUAGCGGGUUGUCCUCAGACCGAAGAAAUUUGUAAUCAAGCUGAUACUACGUCAAGAUGUUGGGAACACGGAACAUGUGUGGGCAGCUUUUCUGAAGCAAGAUGUCAAUGUCAACCUGGUUGGACAGGACCGUCAUGUAAUUUACCUACAACGCCAACUAGUUUCAGACCACAAAGUUAUGUUAAAUUUGCUUUAAGUUUUGAACCAGAUCGAUUUAGCACUCAAAUACAAUUACGAUUCCGUACUCGUGAACCCCAUGGUGAACUCUUCAGAGUAAGUGACCAACAUAAUAGAGAAUAUGGCAUUCUUGAAGUAAAAGAAUCUCGUUUACACUUUAGAUUUAACCUUAACUCUUUACGUACUGAAGAACGUGAUGUAUGGUUAAAUUCUGUUCCUGUUGAUGAUGGUCAAUGGCAUAUAGCACGAGUUAGUCGAUAUGGAAGUGCAGCGACGUUAGAAAUUGACGGCGGUGAAGGGAGAAGGUAUAACGAGACCUUUACUUUUGAGGGACAUCAAUGGUUAUUGGUGGAUAAACAAGAAGGCGUAUAUGCCGGCGGAAAGGCUGAAUAUACAGGUGUUAGGACAUUUGAAGUAUAUGCAGACUUCCAAAAAGGUUGCUUAGACGAUAUCAGGCUAGAGGGCAAGCAUUUGCCUCUACCUCCGGCAAUGAAUGGCACGCAAUGGGGACAAGCAACCAUGGCAAGAAAUCUCGAUCGAAACUGCCCGUCUAAUAGUCCAUGCAUUAAUGUUCACUGCACAGAGCCAUUUGUAUGCGUCGAUUUAUGGAACGAAUACGAAUGCACGUGUCCGGGUGGAUCUACUCGGGCGUCCGGCACUUGCGUGAACAUAAACGAGUGCCUGAUGAACCCGUGCCGCAACGGGGGCUCUUGCAUCGACCGGGAGCCGUCGCGCCGCUACGACUGUAUUUGCGCGUUUGGCUACACCGGCCACGACUGCGAACUGGAGUUACUCGCAUCGGGAAUCAUCACACCAUCCAGGGAUUUCAUAAUAGCUAUCAUUGUCUGUUUGUUUUUGCUUUUAGUCCUUGUACUCGUCUUCGUGGUAUACAACCGACGUCGAGAAGCCCACAUCAAAUAUCCGGGUCCUGAUGAUGAUGUACGCGAAAAUAUUAUCAACUACGAUGAUGAAGGAGGUGGUGAAGAUGAUAUGACCGCCUUUGACAUCACCCCACUUCAGAUACCAAUUGGUGGCCCCCUACCCGAUCAUGCACCUGCAAAACUACCAUAUCCGUUGAUGGGUGUCGGACUCGGAGUGGGGCCCAUGGGAGUGGCACCAGGAGUCGGGGUCCCCCUGCCAGGAGAGACGAAUGUCGGAAUGUUCAUCGAGGAGCACAAACGACGAGCGGAUAGCGACCCUAACGCACCCCCUUUCGACGACCUCCGCAACUACGCAUAUGAAGGCGGCGGCAGCACAGCCGGCUCCUUGUCUUCUCUCGCAUCUGGUACCGACGAUGAAGUCCACGAGUAUGACUACCUGGGCGCGUGGGGCCCGCGCUUCGACAAGCUCGCCGACUUGUACGGGCCGGAGCUCGACGAGCAGCUGUAGAUGCUCGCUUCCCCCAGCCGUCGACCACUCGGCGGCAUAAUUUAGUCAAUUGUCUCUCACUAUCCUACCCACUAAGCCACCCUAAGCCUGCUAUCUCGGGAGCGGCACUCCUUGACGGGGCCGCUAAGUUUAAUUUUGUAAAUAAACAAAUGGGACGACUACAACGCUCCACACGACUUAUAAUUCUUAUCAAUUUUAUACGACUUUAUUUGUAGUAGUUAAUAUGUUUAGCUUAAGUAUACCUACUCAUUUAAGAUAAUUAUAUAUAUAUUUAAUUGCGUCGUUUUUUAUAAAGUUUAAUCAUAUAUCUCCACCAAAUAUUUGAUAUAAGUUUUUAUUCGAUUUAGCCAUAUUAUGAGUCAGUAUUUUAUUGGGAAGUUAAUUAGUUAAGCGGAUUUGUGCAGAAGGGUCAGAAGUGAAUCUGAACGGUGGGUGUUUGUAGAUAGUGUGCUAUAAAUGUGAAUAAUUUAUACGAGUAUUUUGUAAGUCCACAGCUUUACGUGAUAUCACAUUAAUGAAUGGCCCUUCUGCAUAAAAUCAUUUAUUAUUUAAUGUGAAAGAAUAUGUUAUAUUUUAUAAUAACGUAAUGAUAAAAUUAAAUAAAAUGUCCAUUUGGACAUCGAGUUUGUAAUGCUCAUUCAAAAUGUGAAAUGUAUGUAAAUGGGGUAUGUAAAUACAAUAAUAACGGAACAGCUACCCCUAUUACCUUAAGUAUAACUCAUUAUGAUAAGUAAUUCAACUCUAUGUUAAGUGAACUGUACAGUAACUGGUGUAACUCUCCUAAAGUCUCCGUGUAGUGCUAGCUAAUUAGAAUUGUCUGGGAGCCACUACGGUCUACUCAUAAUUUUAGGUAAAUAAAUUAUAGUCAUGGCUCUUGGAGAUUUUCAGUUGUGACGCGGAUUUGUGCGUGGCAUGUGUAUGUGUAUGGCAGUUUGAAUGGGACGUGUAUGACUAAAUGUAUGUAUGUAUUUAAUGUGCGCGUAUGUGUAUGGGCGCGAGUCUCUCAGGAUACCGCGCUGAUAUGUAUGGAGGGACUGUGCCAAUUUAUUAGCAUUAUCGAUGCAGCUAAUGACGGUAGGAUUAAGUGUUUGCACUUUAUUUAUUCGUAUGUUUAAAUAUAAAUUUAGUCGCACCUAGGAAAAUAUCAAUAACUUAUUAAGAGUGUUGUGCUAGAAUACUAUUCUACCGAUUUUGACGUGAGAUAGCUGUCGAGACCAUUAGAAGUCACUAAUUUAUAAAAAAAGUAAUUUAUAAGAAUUUAUAAUAAUAAUAAUUUUAAUAAACAAAGGUUCCAGACAGUGUCUCACUUCGACAUCGAAUUACGAUCAGUGUAAAUUCUAGAAUACACUGUAUUGCGUUAAAUGACUGAUUUAAUUAUGCGUUUGAAAGCCUAAGAUUUUGUAGAUUCGGUUAUUUAAUUAUAGACUUGAAAUACCUUAUUCUAAGGUCACCCACUAGUUUGCACUAAAGACAAAUAUUAUUCAAGUACAUCAAUAUUAAAGCAAUUCUCGUUAAUUAUUAUUCGUGUAAGUAGACAUUUAAUACCUAGUUAGUCACGGUUUAUAUUACUAUUUAAGUUUCAUUAAAUAUCAUUACACUGCCAGUAUCAUAUAUAUACCUAAAGACGAAUUACGAUAGUUAUUUGGUCCGAUUUUAUAUUUCAGUCUAUACAACACGUUAUAUUGUAAGUUUUUUGACUCUUUAUAAACUGAUACAUUUCCACAACAUCGUUGUUUCGCUAUGAAACUUCGACUCCACUGACCUACACAAUAAGCUCUGCGGUGUGUUUAAGUAUGUACCUACCUCUCAUUUCAAGGUCCCUUGUAAUUCAUUAAUAAUGUACAUAGUACAUAGAUAUGUGUAACAUACUUCUAUUCUCUCGUAAACGUCAAACAUAUGUUACCGAAACCAAGACGUGUACCUAUUCGCGUUUGUGAAUGAAUAUUGCGAAAUAUGAAUGUGUUAAUUUGAAAUUUACUACAAUAAUUAAACCCAUACCCUUUAUGACUAUUAACGUCUUAAUCUCCCAAUUAUGUUCCUAAUUAUUAGUAUCGUACAUUUUAUCACCGUGGAAAUUGGUAUAUAAUGGAACUU